AUGGGAAUCGACAGCCUCGUGGAGUCGGUGACUCCAUAUAGGCUGAAGCCCAUCUGGGCUCAUACCUAUGUCGCGCCUUUUUUCGGUAGGUUCCAAGCUUUUCUUUUGAGAAAUAAAUAUAAUUUGAGGUUGUGAUUUUUGAAGAUUUUUUUCCACGCUUGAGACAGUUUUUAGCGAUUUAGUGGUCAAAAUAAGAAUUUCAGUCAUUUUUUUGUUUUUUGUCCCGAGAAGAUGAUAAUUUUGAGCGUGAUUUGAACAUUUUCGAACAUAAUUUCAAUGGGAAGUACCAAAAAUUCAUUUUUAAAUUCUCGUAUGAACAAUAUUUCUUAUUUUUCUCAUGCUCUUGAAAAAAGAAUUGAAAUUAGGUGAAUUUGGCGUAAAAUUUGUUGAAAUUUGUUUUUUUGCUUCGAAAAUAUAGGCAAUUUGUAGAGAGAAGUUAAAUUUUUUUGUGGAGAAAAAAAUCGAGAAAAAAAGCUGAAAUUAAAAAAAUAGAAUGUUUAUUAUUAAAAAAAUUGGAGUGAUGAAAUUUUUCAAAAAAAGUUCAGUUUCCUCUUUUCAGAACAUUAAAAAAAGAACCUAAAUUUAAUUUUUGAAGACCCAGAAAGAGUAUGCUCCGAAAUAACACAAAAAAAUGCGGUUUUUUUCUUCGAAAACUUUAUGAAUUUUUUUGAAAAAAAGUUAAAUUUUUCUGAAGAUUUCAUUUACGUAAAGCAUUUUUUUGAAAGACAUGCGUCAAAUUCACCCAUUUUUUGCAGUCCUCUGCGCAGCAUGGGCGUACGUUUGGCUGGAAAAUUACGGCUACGAGGAAUAUUACGAGCUGGGAAUGAUCGGAUUCGCGAUAAUCGGCGUACUCCAAGCGCUGGUCCUGCUCUUCUGCCAUUGGCUGGUUUCCGUCCGAUGCGCUCUCACUUGUACCUAUGUCCGUAUUUUAUUAAUUGACGUUCAAUUUCAUUUCCUCCUGUCUUCGUUUGAUGUUAACAAAGGAAUUUUGAACGAUUUUAGGAACCAAACAUGAACAACGCGACUUAUGUCAAAGUGACCCCAAUGCCGAACAAUGGAUGGGCCGAAUUGGUACCUUUGGUUCGAACAAAGGUAAAUUUUGAGAGGGAAGUUGAUAGAUUUGAGGGUUAUUUUAAGAGUGAAAAGAGGAAAGGAAAAACAAGAAAUAUCAUUGGUAACACGGAAAAUUUUUGGUGAACCCUCAGAAGGAGAUGAAAAGGUUCCGCUGAAUCUCCUAAAAGGUUGAAAAAAAAGUUUUUGAGCUCCUUUUUCUUAUCCUUUCUUGAAUCCUUUUUGAAAUGUCUUGAAUAUUUUGUAGUUGAUUUUUCAGUAUCUUUUUCAAAUAAGUAUUUGAAUAUAUAAUAAUAAAAAUACCUUCUGAAAAAUCUUUUUUUGAAAAAAAUUUGUUUUACCCUGAGAUAACUAUAACUUCUUGGGUUUUUUUCAAACAUUUGAGUUUUAUAUUCAUUAUUUAUAUUUAAAACUGUGUUCCAGAUUUUUUGCUCUUUUUGAUAAACCGUAAAUUGACCAGACAAAUGGUGAGAUAAAUUUGAAGUUACUUUUCCAAAACCCCAUCAUUUUUUUAAUUAAAGUAAUGUCUUAGCUGUUUGAAAUAUUUUUUUCUUUAUUAGAAAUUUUUUUGAGUCCCGAUUGAAUUUUUUCAAAUUUUCUUUUCCACGGUCAUGUUCUUCUUAUGAUUCAAGUAAAGUCGUAGUUGUUUGAAACGUAUUUUCUAGCAUUAUAACUUCAUUUUGAACACAUAUAUUGAUAGAAGAACGGCGAAAUUUCUUAUUAUCUUGGGAACUGCAGUUGAAAAGUUCUUUUUUUCGAAAAACCUUGUCAGGAUUCAUAUUUUUGUAAAUUUCAUGGGACCCGUUUUUUUUCCUGGCUUGAAAUUUAUUCUUUCCCAUGGCUGAUUCGCUUGAUUCCAGCGAGGAAGCCAGACCAAAUUAUGGUUUGAGUUCCAAAGAGUUCACUAUACCUGGAACGCCGACGUGAAAUCCUUCGAAACGACGGUUUUCGAUACGUGCCGCCCGAUGGUCUUCUUCCAAAAGGCGCAAGGUUUCGAAAGCGACGAGCAACUUGACGACGCCAAGUACAACUUUGGAGAGAACAAGUGGAAAAAAUAGUUAAUUUCCGUCCAGUAUUGAGAUUUCCAGAACGGAGAUGGUCUUGCCGCAGUUCUGGGAGCUUUUCAAGGAACGGGCCACGGCUCCAUUUUUCGUCUUCCAGGUUCUUUUUCUAUUAGGAUUGAUUCAAUAAUUUCAACUCAGGUGUUUUGCGUCGGAUUGUGGUGCUUGGAGGACAUGUGGUACUACUCCCUGUUCACCCUCUUCAUGUUGAUGACCUUCGAGGCGACGCUGGUCAAGGCGCAGAUGAAGAACAUGUCGGAGAUCCGGAACAUGGGCAACAAGAGCUUCCUCAUCAAUGUGGGAUUUUGUAUCCAAUUAGCUUGGGGCAUGUCUGCGCUCUCCACGAGCCAGGCACUAUCUCGUCCAUUAUCGUGUCAGGACCCUUUUUCGAUGGCUCAAGCCACCGUAAUAAACUAUAGAGCAAGAAUUGAACUUUAGGCCAAGUUUGUUAACUAUAUCUUGUCAAUAUAUUAUAGUUAAUUCACAGCUGGCAUGGUUAAAAAAGUAGUUUCUGCCGUUUUUUGGUUCAAAAUAGCGUUGAAUGAAGUGUAGCUCGAUAGAAUGGGUCUUGACACGAUCCAAGGAUAAAUAGUGUUUUUUUGGUGGAGACAGGCCACGCCCAAGCUAAUGGGCUAUAUGUAGUCUGAUCAUAUGUUGAAUGUAAAGUUCGAUGACGUCAUUUGGAAGCUCUUUGAAUGGCUCGCUCUCUGAUUGGUUUAUCGCGUCAUUAUGGGCGGAGCUUGAGCGACGAUUUGAAAUCCAAAAUCUGACUAAAUUAGCCGUGAAUCGACUUUCAAGUACAAUGACGUCAUUGGGAAAAGCUCUGUGGAUGGCUCGCUCUCUGAUUGGUUCACCAUCAGGGGCGGAGCUUGAGUGACCAAUUGACGAAUUCUGAACAAACUAUGGAAAUAUUUGGUUCUGAAAUUUGAUUUUUCUUCUGGAUAAAAAGCAUUUUGACUGUAUUAUACACUAAAAGAUUAUUUUUACUGUCUUUUUCAUUUAGGGAAUGUAUAACGUGCAUUUUUCUUUGAAAUACGGCUCAAAUUUGUUUUCAUUCAAAAUGGAUGGCUUUCUUCCUUACAGGUGUACAGGAACAAAAAAUGGACGAAAGUGAAGUCGGACGAACUGGUGGCUGGGGACAUCGUUUCCAUAGGUUUUUUUUAUUUCAAAUCACUGAGGAAUGAAUUUUGAUUUCAGGAAGAUCCGCAGAAGAUCACAGCGUUCCCUGUGACAUGCUUCUCUUGAGAGGCCCUUGCAUCGUCGACGAAUCCAUGUUGACCGGAGAAAGUGUCCCCCAGAUGAAGGUCCUUUUUUCGAGUCAUUAACACACGUUUUCCGAGAGAAUCGAUAAGUUGCCAAACCAGUGAGGCAUGAAAAUUUCAUGUUGCUGUUUUUGAGCUUUUAACACAAUAACUACAUAAGCUUCUGAAACUUUAAGUUAAGGUUUUGACAGGCUCCGCCCCUUUUGUGAAUUACUGUAGCCGAAAUGCGAAAAAAAAUCUAACUUUUUCUCUGUCCAAACCCUUAAAAGGGAUAACUAGGAGGCAAAGUAGGGGCUUCAGUGUACUCUCCAAGUAGUCCUUAAGUGACUCCUUAAGUAGUCACUUAAGUUUUCCACAUGGGCUUUUUGAGAAGCGGAGAGCAAAAAAAAAAACAGAAAAAGAUAGAGGUAAUGGUGAUUUUAGUGUCCUUUCCAAAUAGUCCUUAAGUGACCUCUUGAGUAGUCACUGAAGUGUUUUCCCCUUAUUUAUAGCUUUAUAAGAGACUGAAUAAAUAUCAGCAAAAAAAUAAUUUUCGUAAAAAAUUGAUCACGUUUACAUUGAAUUUUUGUAUAGAUAUGUUUUUCAAAACAUAAAUUUAUUGCUAAAAUAUGAAAAAAAAUCUUAUUUUUCCACAGUUCACAGAUUCUUUUUUGCAGGAACCCAUAGAAGACGUCGAAAAAGACCGGCUCUUCGACAUCGAGUCCGACAGCCGACUUCAUGUCAUUUUCGGCGGCACGAAAAUUGUCCAGCACACGGCUCCGGGUACCCUGAAGCACUUUGAAAAUGUAGAUUUUCCUACGGAUUUCCAGCCAAAACCGGCGAAGGGAUCAAGUCACCCGACGGCGGCUGCAUCUGCUACGUCAUCAGGACUGGGUUCAACACCAGCCAGGGCCGACUUUUGAGGUGCUUUGGAAAUAAUGAGACCUUGGGACAGAUUUUGGGGAAAGGGAGGAAAAUUGUAUUGGUAGAAAAUAGAUGAGUACCACGGACAAGCUCCGGGCGUUUCUGCGCAUUUCUAGUGACCACUUUAGUAGCGUCAGCACUGGGCUUUUCUAGUGACCCCUUUAGUAGCUUUGGUACUUUUUUGGGUAUUGCUAGUGACCACUUUAGUAGUUUUAGUACUUUUCUGCGCAUUUCUAGGGACCACUCUAGUAGCGUCAGCACUGGGAGUUUCUAGUGACCACUUUAGUAGCGUCAGCAAUGGGUUUUUCUAGUGACCACUUCAGCAGCUUUAGUACUUUUCUGGGCAUUGCUAGGGACCACUUUAGUAACGUCAGAGCUCUUAAGUGAUCCCUAGAAUCGUCCAGAAACGUCUGGAGCUUUUUCGUUUCGCGUCACCAAUGUCCGAGCCGAGAAAUCGAAAAAAAUCGCCCUUUGGCAAAAUAAAUAUGUUUUAUAGGGGCCACUCUGAAUUUCCUAAGUACUUCGAAGACUAAAAGCUGCGAUUAUCUGGGUUUAUUUCUGAGAAUCUGAGUUCCAGAACGAUUUUGUUCGGUGUGAAACGAGUGACCGCCAACAAUUUGGAGACGUUCGCCUUCAUUUUGUUCCUCUUGAUCUUCGCCAUCGCUGCCGCCGCUUAUUUGUGGAUCCGAGGUUUUCGCCUCAGAUUUUCCUGAUUUUAUCGAAAAUCAAUAUUCCAGGAAGCCAAGAUGAGUCACGAAGCAAGUACAAGUUGUUCUUGGAAUGCACUCUGAUCCUCACUUCGGUGAUCCCUCCAGAGCUUCCCAUCGAACUGUCUUUGGCUGUGAAUUCGUCGUUGAUCGCCUUGCAGAAGCUUGGUUGGUUUUGGGGGGUUUCAUGGUUGGAUUUCGGCUAACUCCGCUCCCGUGGUUACGGUAUCUUUCGUGUCGAUACUUUAUGCCGCAUGAUACUUUAUUAGCGCUGCGUUUUUUGACUAUAAAUGCGAUCAGAUAAGAAAAAUAUGCAAAUUUUUUUGUUAAUGGAAGAAGGCGAAACCAAAAAUUAAGGGGGCGUGGUCAAAAUCUCCCCCUUUUCUCAUGUGAAAGUAAUUCAAUAACAUCUCAAAAUCUCAAACUUUCUUCAGGAAUUUUCUGCACAGAACCUUUCCGGAUCCCAUUCGCGGGAAAAGUCGACGUCUGCUGUUUUGACAAGACUGGAACUUUGACCACCGAUAACCUUGUUGUUGAAGGGGUCGCUUUAAGGUUUUUCGAGGUUUUUAACCCGAAAAAAUACUUUUUUUUUUCAGUUCAAACGAAGAAGAUGGAAUGAUCAGAACGGCCUCUGCGGCCCCUUCUGAGAGUAUCCAGGUUUUUACCCUUCAAAGGAACAAAAUAAGGCCAUUUUUUAGGUUCUAUCGUCCUGUCACAGUCUCGUACGGUUCGAGGAUGAUCUGGUCGGAGAUCCGUUGGAAAAAGCUUGCCUCACCUGGUGCGAUUGGACUUUGACCAAAGGUAGGAAGGGAAAAAAAAUGUAGAAUUUUUUUCUUUGUAUAAUUUUGAACAGAUUUUCAGCUUUCAACCUUAAAAUUUGUCUGAGUAGUUCUUAAAUUUCAUUUUUAUGAGGUUCUUGAUUUAUUUUUUUCGAUGAUUCUAGCUCAACCUGGGAAAGAACUAUUAGAAAUUUAGAUAAAUUUGAAAAAGUCGAAGAUUAGAACGGCAGGCCUUCAAAACUUUGAAAAUCUGAAAACCGGAUUUUCAUGAAACGGAGUAUUACAAAAAGUUCAACAGAUCUUUUUUGACCGUUUUUAGACGAAUUUUUCGUGUCCGACAAGUUUCUAGUGUAGGUUUUAUACAGAGAAGUUGAAAAAAAAGCAUGAAUUGAAAAAAAAUUUUCAACACCCCAGUGAAAAAGGCACUGAAGAGUUUUUUUUACGGUAGCUCUCACUCCAUUUCCUCAGUAGCUACAGUAGCUUGAUUACGGUAGCUCUCACUUCACUUCUUUAGUAGCUACAGUAGCUUGGUCACGGUAGCUCUCACUUCAUUUCUACAGUAGCUACAGUAGCUUGAUUACAGUAGCUUUCACUUCAUUUCCUCAGGAGCUACAGUAGCUUGAUUACGGUAGCUCUCACUCCAUUUCUACAGUAGCUACAGUAGCUUGAUCACGGUAGCUCUCCCUCCAUUUCUACAGUAGCUACAGUAUCUUUUUUUGAAGUUUAGAAUUACUUUCAAAAUCACUUUCAGAAGAUACAAGAUAGGCAUCAAAAACACGCAAAAAAGAUCGAGAACGGACUUUGAGAAUAUACAGCUUUCAAUGUUUCGGAAUGCUCUGUUUUGCAAAAAUUCAAAGACCAAAAAUCGAAUUUUCACGGCUUUUUUUUCAAUUCAGCCGACGCUGUCAUGCCACCGAAGAGCGCAAAAGGAGCGUCGGGCCUGAAAAUCUUCCACCGAUACCAUUUCUCCUCGUCGAUGAAGCGGAUGACCGUCGUCGCUGGCUAUCAAACUUCGCCCUCUGCUGAUCCGACGCUCAUCGUCACCGUCAAAGGGGCUCCCGAAGUGUUGAGGGACAUGGUGAGAGUUCAGAAUCGAUAAAUUCGAAGGCUAAAAACUUUUAGAGUUGAUUUGAAAACGUAAAAGUUGGGUUUAAAAAUUGGUAGUGAGCUUUUUUUGAAGCAAAGACAACCGUCAAGUUGAAUUAUCUACCUGAAAAAAGUGUAAACAUGAGGUUGAGCGAGAGAGCAAGGGCGGGUAGAAGAGGGGUCGGAGAAGCUAGAGAUUCUCUCUUUCUCUGGUGCCUCUUCAGUGUCCUUUGGUUUUUUUUCUCUAUUUUUUUCACCUUGAAUGACGGGAAAAAAUGAACUUUUGAAAUUUAAACUAAAAGUUGCUCUUUUCGAGAUUAAACUGACCCCAUUUCUACAGUAGCUUGGUUACGGUAGAUCUAACUUCAUUUCUACAGUAACUACAGUAGCUUGGUUACGGUAGCUCUCACUUCAUUUCUAAAGUAACCUGGCUAUGUUGAACUUGCUGGGAAUUGGAAAAACGAUCAUUUUCCUGUAAUUUUUCAGAUUCAUGUCAAACUUUAUGACUUUCGGGCUGUCUUUCACCUUUUAUUUCUCGAAAUUGCCAAUAUUUUCAGUACGAAGAUCUGCCUGCCGACUAUGACCAGACCUACACGAAACUGACCAGACAAGGAGCUCGAGUUUUGGCGAUGGGAAUCCGAAAACUCGACGAAACCAAGACAAGCGAGGUAUUUUAUCCACCAUAAAGGCGAACUUGACAAGUUCAUCUACAGCUCCGAGACAAGAAGCGAGAACAGUUGGAGCAGAACCUUCGAUUCUCCGGCUUUGUCGUAAUUUCCUGCCCCCUCAAGCCGGAUACGAAAUCCAUGAUCAAGGAGAUCAUCGACAGCUCCCAUAGUGUUCGGAAAAUCAAUAAUUAGGAUGCGAGUCAAUAAAAUUUUCUAGGUCGCCAUGAUCACCGGAGACAACCCUUUGACGGCCUGUCAUGUGGCAGAAGUCCUGAAAUUCACGAAAAAGUCUUUGAAAACGCUGGUUCUCGACGAAAUCGAUGUGGCUGUUGUUACCUGGAAGGUAAUGUUUUAUUAGAAGAAGGCGAAAAGUCGUAGCGCAACAGAUUGUGUGCCUGUCUCAGCCCAAAGGGUCACAAGUUCGAUCGCCGCCGCGACCCAGAGUUUUUUGCGGCUGUUCUGAGAAAAUGACAAUAGUUUUCGUGGAUUGGAGUGUCUGGUAUGCAAACAGCGUACUUGAAGAAGGAACUUUUUCUUUUUCUUCUGGGAGUGACCAAUUUAGGGGGUUGAAGUCCUAUUUGCCACAUUAGUAGUAGGCCAAGCGGUCACUUGAGUGGCAAUUUCAAAAGUUGUGGUAUCAAAUCAAAUCAUUUAUUUUGUUGUUUUAGUCUGAUGUAAUCGACUAGGCGGUGAACAAGAACUUUAAAAGCUAUAACGAACAACCGCCUUUGGAGAACUAGAAGUCCAAACGUGUAGUCAAAAGAGUUGAAAGCAUGGUCCUUCGUCUCGUCCUUCUGCGCGUAGUCCAUCCAGUUGCGCCUUGACGAGCUCAGAAUGUAGCGGAUGUUGAGCUGGAGCCCGGAGACCGUGCUCUAGGUGGAAGCCUCAGAAUGAGAGCGACCACUUCGAGUGAAGAUUUUACACGGAAUGGUGUACAUUUUUUUUUUCAGGGACCCCUUAAAUGGUCUCUGAAAUUGAGGUCCAAAAUUUUAGCGGCCAUUUUAGGGGUCAAUGAAAAAUGUAAAAAAAAAAAUGAAAUAGAAAACUGCGUUUUGAGAUCUUCCGAUCGCAGGUAAAAGGGUCUAGCGAAAUAGUGUGCGAAAAGAAGAGGUUCAGACGUCUCUGCAGCUUUUUUUGUCACUUUUGAGUAGUGAAUGAGACAUCACGAAGAACUCCGUGCUUUUCUCAAGAUAAAUAAAUUCAAUUUUCAUUCGCUUAUCGAUUUUUGCGACACUUUCUCGCCAUAGUGAACGAAGAUUUUUUGAUUUUUUGAAAGUUUUCCUCGAUUUUCCAGUGGUUUUACUUUCAAAAAGAAGAUUUUUCCAUUGAAAAAAUAUUUUUCAGUCGGUGGACGAGGAAGUGGUCCUGCCAUUGAAACCCGGCGAGAAACGCAACGAACGGCUGGCUUUUUUCAAAAACUACGAAUUCUGCUUGACUGGAACGGUUUCGUCGGAAAAAAAAUGCCUUCAUUACUUCAAAAGCCUACUUCCAGGCGUUUCAAUACCUUGUCGAGAAGGAGCACAGGUUCCUGCGUGAAUUGAUCCCCCACGUGCGAGUUUUCGCUAGGAUGGCUCCGAAACAAAAGGUGGGGGUACUGUAGGAUACUGUUACAGGAUUUAGUGAAGUUUAAGGUCCGAAAAAUUCCGGAAUUUAGCUCAAAAUCGGUCUCGAAGCGAUUUUUCACUUUGAUCGCUUCAGCCCGUAUUUUUCAUUGAGGGAAAAGAGAUAACUAAAUCUUGGAGAAUCAGAGAAAAUUUUGGUUUUCGGUAAAUUACUUUGAACCCUUCUCAUGGAUGAGUCCAGGAACGUGUGAUCAACGAACUGAAGUCGCUCGGCCGCGUUACGUUGAUGUGCGGCGACGGAACCAACGACGUCGGCGCCCUGAAACACGCGAACGUCGGCGUCGCGCUUCUUUCGCAUCCCUACGACGCGACCAAAGCCGCCGAGAAGGAGAAGGAACGCAAGGAGAAAAUCGACGAGGCCAAGAAGCUCGUCGCCGUCGGAGCCACUCUACCAACGCCCCCAGGAGUCGCGAGGAGAGGAGAAGCGCCGGCUGGAGCCAGGGCUAGGUAUGGGUAUAACUUCUUAAAUAUCAAAGUUGCAAGUCUUGAUUUCUCUGACGUCUCUUUGGCCAACGUAUCUUCUAACUUCUGUAGGCUGGAUUGAAGAGACGCCAGAGAAGAAGGCGGUCUCAAUUUCUCUGGCGUCUCUUUGGCCUCUGUUGUUCUCUGACCCAAGAUAGAAGCUGGAUUGAAGAGACCCCUCUCUUUCUCUAGAGUCUCUUCUGAUCACCCCUGUCCUCUAGCUUCUAAAGAAAGAGAAGAGCAUUAUGAGCAAAAGCAAAAGAUCAACGAUGGUUUGAAGAGACGCCAGAGAAGCAGACAGUCUCUUUCUCUAGAGUCUCUUCUGAUCGCCCCUAUUCUCUAGCUUCUGAAGAAAGAACAUAAUGAGUAAAAGCAAAAGAUCAACAUUGGUUUGAGGAGACGCCAGAGAAGCAGACAGUCUCUUUCUCUAGAGUCUCUUCUGAUCGCCCCUAUUCUCUAGCUUCUGAAGAAAGAGCAUAGGGAGUAAAAGCAAAAGAUCAACGGUGGGGAGACGCCAGAGAAGCAGGUGGUCUCAAUUUCUCUGCGUCUCUUCUGACUGCCGUUGCCCUCUCGCUUCCGCUCGUUUUUAGCCAUCUUAGCCCAGACAUCUCUCAAAAAGGAAAUUGAGAUCAAAGGCAGCCUUUCUUUCUGUGUCCUCUCUUUUAAGUUGCAUAACUCUCCCUCUUUGGCCUUUUUUGGACCUUAUUUCCAAUCCCAACACCGUGGAAUAAUCGAAAAAUUUUUUGAACUGUUUUUAAGUUCUACUCCUACUUCUACUCAAGUAAAUGAAAAGGAAUCAAUAAUUUACUUUAGAGCCCAGGUUCAUCCGUCAGUCGCAAAUGCUCAAUCUCGUCUUGACAAGCUGAUGAAGGAGCUGGAGGAGGAGGAACGAGCUCAAGUAGAAAACUCUAUCUUUUUCCUUAUAGUUUGUAGUUUUUUAGGUGAUCAAACUUGGCGAUGCCUCCAUUGCCGCUCCAUUUACAAGCAAAUAUACCUCGAUUGCUUCAAGUAUUUUUUGAAGUUUCCAAUUUGUGACUCCGAAAAAUCAAUUUUAGUCUGCCACGUGAUCAAGCAAGGCCGAUGCACGCUGGUGACGACGCUGCAGAUGUUCAAGAUCCUGGCCCUGAACGCCUUGAUCUCGGCCUAUUCCCUGUCGGCGUUGUACCUCGACGGCGUCAAGUUCAGCGACACGCAGGCGACCAUCCAAGGCCUUCUCCUAGCCGCUUGCUUCCUGUUCAUCUCACGGUCCAAGGUAAGAAUAAAGCAGAAUGGCCUGAAAAUUUGAGCCGCAAAAAAUAGCCUUGGCGAAUUUCGCGCAGAUGGAAUAAGCUGAAAGAAAGGUCUGGAAAAUCAGACCGCCAAAAAGUUUUUUGACAAGAGCCAGAAAUAAAGUCUUGGGGAAAAACUAGCCCGAAAAAUAGCCGCGAGAAAAAUAGCUCGAAACGAGAGCUUUCCCAGAAAAUUUGCCCGUUGCUAUUUCUCCGCGGCUUUUUCUACCCAGUCCAUCUUUUUACGGGGCUAAUUUUUUCAGUGCUUAUUUCAUCAGAGCCGUGGAGAAAAAGCAGCCCGAAAAAUAGCCGCGAAAAAAAUAACUUCAAAAGAGUGGCGAAAAUUUCUUCUUUUCUUGAAAAUUUGCUCGUUGCUAUUUCUCCGCGGCUCUUUUUAUCCAGUUCACUGGGCUAUUUUUUCGGAGCGCAUUUCAUCUGUGACAAUCUUUCGUAGUUCUUCCGGCCAUUUUUCUUAGCCGCAGUUAUAAAGUUGAAGCUAUUUUUCGCGGCUCUUUUUAUGCAGACUAUUUUAAUCGAAAAAAACAGAAAAGAUUAAUUUCAGCCUUUGAACACUUUAUCGCGGCAAAGACCCAUGGCCAACAUCUUCAACGCGUACACGCUUCUGACAGUAACCCUUCAAUUCGUCGUUCAUUUCGGAUGCCUACUUUAUAUCGUCAACCUGGCUCAUCAAGCUGAUCCCAAGUAUUAAACCAAAAAAGGUGUCUCUCUAAAAUAUAUUUUUUUCAGAGAAGGCCCGACGGAUUUAGAAGCCAAGUUCACGCCGAACAUUCUCAACACGACGGUUUACAUCAUUUCGAUGGCCCUGCAAGUCUGCACCUUUGCUGUCAAUUAUAGGGUUGGCCAAUAAAUUGGGAACAGAGAAGCUAAUUAAUAUUUUAGGGCCGGCCUUUCAUGGAGUCGUUGUUCGAGAACAAGGCCAUGCUCUACAGUAUAGCCUUCUCUGGAUUUGCCGUCUUUUCCCUUGCCUCGGGCUUUUCGCCCGACAUGAUGCAGCAGUUCGAGCUCGUCCUUUUGCCUGAGGAGGUCAGAAUUUCUAGUCAUAUAACUGAUCAAAAAGAUAGGCCUUUGAAGGGGAAUAUUUAAAUUCCGAGUUAACGCUUACAAGGACGGUAAGUGUGAAGAUAAAUGAGCUGGGUUCGAUUGAAAAUAAUCAAUAAAUGAGCAAAACGGAAGAAAAAUGAUAAAGGUAAACGGUAGACAGUACUUCAAUUUUUAUUUAUUCCAAGGAUUUGCGAAGAGUAUACCCGUAUUACGGCUAACGUGAGACGCAAAAGGGGCGUGGCCUGACUGCCCUCUCCACCAACCAGGCACUGACUCUUUUAUUAUCGUGUCAGGACCCUUUAUUAUGGCUCAAGCCAGGCGUUAAUCAGCUAUACAUCAUCGACUCCCAAAUUUAUUCAAUUUUUCCGGGUUCCAAAAAAAAACGCGCGGCCUGUCUGUGCGCAUGCGCCUUUAAAAUGAAGUAAGUUUGGGGGCUAAAUUAAAGGCGCGUGCAUAGAGACAGGCGGCGCGUUUCGAAGAAAAGGCUCUGGUGAAAACAAAUUGAGACGAGCUGGCGCGGACUGGGAUAUAUCGACGGGUCAUUCAAGUUUCAAUCUAUUUUUCAAAAAAAUUUUCAAAAAAAAUAUUAAGUUCGGAUCCUCAUGGAACAGCUCUCCAAUAAUAGUAGCAUAUCUAAAAGACUUGAUUGGAGAAUAAAUAUAACUCUUGCAGCUACGAAAUACGCUGGUCAUGUGCGUCUCAUUUGAUCUCAUCGGCUGCUACGUCAUCGACCGGGUGCUCAACUUUUUCCUCGGCGACAUGUUCUAA